ACAAGGGUAGAGAGGGAAACAGGAACAGAAAGUGAAGACUUGUCAAGAUGUCUGGGUGAGGGGGACCAGAUCAGAGCAGAAGCCAGAAGUCAAAACAGAAACAGCAGAAGUUUGAGCAGCCGACUGGAUUAAACAGGAGGGGCGAGCUGACCUGCCACUACACAGUAAGACACACCCAAAUUGAACUACGUCUCUACAAAAUCAUACUGAAAGCCAAAGGGCAAGAGGACAAGAGAAGAGUGAAGUAGACAACCAGAAAGAAAAGAGUUAAAGGAAUGCCAAGCAGCAUAAACAAACUUGGCUGAGUGCAGAUUUUGGCUUUUUCAUCUUGCAUCAAGAUCAUCACAACUGGGCGAUUUCAAAGAAAACCUUGUUAUAAACAAAUAAGCUUUUGGUCUUUCGGAUUUGUUCAAAGAACGCUUUGGCUUUGUAACCACCUCACAGGGCAUUUCAAGGAAGGAGGCAUGCAUGAAGUCACCCUCCAUGCUUCCAGUGUUUCCAUUUAACAUAAACAACACAAGCCUGAGCGCAUACACAUGCCUCAUCAGAUAGUGCCGUAAACUCUGAUCUUUAGAAGUAGAAAACAGAAGCACAUGAAAGUUCAAUGUCAAGUCGCUAAAAAUAUCUGACGUGGGACUGCUGUUGGCUCCGUGGAUGUUUGAGGUUUUCGUAAAGAGUAAAACUUCAUAACUUACAACUUUAAAGCUGGAACCAGAUUCCGUAAAAUUACUUAAAUGAACACCAUAUCUUAAUUAGCUGCAGCUGCCUAACAGGCACAUUAACUGACUUGCGAACUUCACAACCCUCUGAAGGAUUUAUUAAAACUUUACAACUGCCAGACAGACUCAACUGAAAGGAUUCACGGCUCCGUAUCCGAAAGCCAUGGAUGGAAGAACAGACAGCAUCCAGGAUUUUUUCAACCAACUUUGGAGCUUUGCUACAGAAAAACACAACCAGGGGGCGUACAACACAGUCUGCCUGGUGGUCCUCCUAACUCUUCCCCUGCUGGUCCUCCUCACCACUUUGGUGGUGUGCUGCCACUGCUGCUGCUGUCGCCAUGCCAACAGCUGCUGUUGCUGCUGUGGCAAAGACGCCAUGGCAACCGCAAGGUCAGAAACAAAGAAGAAAAAGAAUUCCACUGAAGACUUGUGGAUCUCUGUCAAGACGGGGCCGUUGACACCUGACAGGGUCGCCCUGGCCAUGGAGUAGGAGGAGUAGUUUUUAUUUUUAUUUUUAUUUUUUUAUUUCUGAUCCUGGGUCAGUUGGUGCAGUGGAGCUGAUGGAGCGUCUCAAGAGUGUACAACUCAAACCAGCUUGGACUCAAAAGACAUAGUUCAAACCAGGGGUUGAUGCAUAGACUGUAUAAGUGAAGCCACAACAUUUCAAUUGUCACCUGGUGGCCGGCUACAUUAUGGGCGGGACUUUGAUACCACGGCUCCACCGCCGGAUAACUAGUGCGCAAAUUCUGGCUCCAAAAUAACAAGAAGGCACUUUGUGGAGUAAGUGGAGAUGCAUGGACCGUUUUUAUAUACAGUCUAUGGUUCAAACCAAUGGGACGGCACAGAUAUGGUUGAAACAUAUUAACAGUGUACACUCAGUGUUCUUGUCAUUUUGUGUCCAUAUGAUGUUAUGUCUGGAGAAUGUUUACAACAUUUUGUAUGAGCUUUUUAGUGUGUGGUACAUAAAGGAAGAAUAUGCAGAGGCAUAUAUAUACCUAACUGAAAUGUGUUUGUUGAUGAGUGCGUUAGAGAGAAAGAGAGAGAGAGAGAGAGAGAGAGA